AUGGCUGCAUUUGUGAACCAUAUUGAAGAAGAAGAAGAAGAGAUUGUUCGCCCCGUGGCCAACUUCUCUCCUAGUCUAUGGGGCGAUCGUUUCCUUUCUUUCUCCAUCGACAAUCAUGUUGCACAAAAAUAUGCUCAAGAGAUUGAAGCAUUGAAGGAAGAAACAAGGAGUAUGUUGUUAGCUAUUAAUGGAAGGAAAUUGGCUGAGACGUUGAAUUUGAUUGACGUUGUUCAACGUCUUGGCAUAGCAUACCACUUUGAGAAAGAAAUCGAUGAGAUAUUGGAUCGAAUUUACACUGAAAAUGCAAACUUUGAGGGUGAUGACUAUAGUGAUUUAUCCACUUUUGCACUUCAAUUUCGAUUGCUAAGGCAACACGGUUACAACAUAUCUCCUGAUUUUUUCAGCAAAUUUCAAGAUGGGAAUGGAAAAUUCAAGGAGUCGCGUGCUAGUGAUGAUGAUGUUUUAGGAUUAUUGAGUUUAUACGAAGCUUCACAUGUAAGGACACAUGGUGAAGAUAUCUUAGAAGAUGCACUUGUUUUCUCCACUACUCAUCUUGAGUCCGCGACUCCACAUUUGAACUCUCCUCUUAAAGAGCAAGUAACACAUGCCCUUGAGCAAUCUUUGCACAAGGGCAUUCCUCGAGUAGAGACUCGAUUCUUCAUAUGCUCAAUCUAUGAGAAAGAGGAAUCAAAGAACGAUGCGUUACUUAAAUUUGCCAAAUUGGAUUUCAACUUGCUCCAAAUGCUUCACAAACAAGAACUUGCUGAAGUAUCAAGGUGGUGGAAGGAUUUGGAUUUUGUGACGACGCUUCCAUAUGCUAGAGACAGAGUAGUUGAAUGUUAUUUUUGGGCAUUAGGGGUGUAUUUUGAGCCUCAAUAUUCUCAAGCUCGCGUUAUUCUUACCAAGACUCUUGCUGUUACUUCAAUUGUUGACGACACUUUUGAUGCGUAUGGUACAGUUAAAGAACUUGAAAAAUACACUGAUGCCAUACAAAGAUGGGAUAUCAACGAAAUUGAUCGUCUCCCUGAUUACAUGAAAAUCAGCUAUAAAGUUCUUCUUGAUCUUUUUGAUGAUUACGAAAAGGAAUUGUCUAGUGAUGGAAGAUCUCAUGUUGUCUAUCACGCGAAAGAAAGAAUGAAAGAGCUAGUGAGAAGCUAUAACGUCGAGGCCAAAUGGUUUAUUGAAGGACAUAUGCCUUCUGUUUCCGAGUACUUAAGCAAUGCUUUAGUAACUAGCACUUAUUAUUUGGUCACAACAGCGGCAUAUCUAGGCAUGAAGUCAGCUACAGAGCAAGAUUUCGAGUGGUUGUCAACGAAUCCUAAAAUUCUUGAAGCUAAUGCAACAUUCUGUCGCGUUACUGAUGACAUAGCAACAUACGAGAUUGAGAAAGACAGGGGACAAAUUGCAACGGGAAUCGAGUGUUACAUGAGAGAUUAUGGUGUAUCAACAGAAGUGGCAAUGAAUAAAUUUCAAGAAAUGGGAGAGACAGCAUGGAAGGAUGCUAAUGAAGGAAUGCUUUGGCCAGUUCGUCCUGUCUCUACAGAAAUUUUAACUCGUAUUCUCAAUCUUGUUCGUAUCAUUGACGUGACAUACAAGCACAAUCAAGAUGGAUACACACAUCCGGAGAAAGUCAUAAAACCUCACAUUAUUGCUCUGCUUGUGAACUCCAUUGCAAUGUAA